CUCGCUUCCUGGUCCGUCAUUUGUGCGCGACGCCUCAACUUCCGGUGGCCGGCUGUGAGUGAGCAGAAUGGGUCAAAGCCAGAGUGGAGGACAUGGUCCUGGGGGUGGCAAAAAGGAUGACAAGGAUAAGAAGAAGAAAUAUGAGCCCCCUGUUCCAACUAGAGUGGGGAAAAAGAAGAAGAAAACUAAGGGACCAGAUGCUGCCAGCAAGCUUCCACUGGUAACUCCUCACACCCAGUGCCGACUCAAACUGUUGAAGCUGGAACGAAUUAAAGAUUACCUCCUGAUGGAGGAAGAAUUUAUUAGGAACCAGGAACAGAUGAAACCAUUAGAAGAAAAACAAGAGGAAGAGAGAUCCAAGGUGGACGAUCUGAGAGGGACCCCAAUGUCUGUAGGGACUCUGGAGGAGAUAAUUGAUGACAAUCAUGCCAUAGUGUCUACAUCUGUGGGAUCAGAGCACUAUGUCAGUAUUCUUUCCUUCGUUGACAAGGAUUUGCUAGAGCCAGGAUGUUCAGUUCUACUUAACCACAAGGUCCACGCUGUGAUAGGAGUUCUGAUGGAUGACACAGAUCCUUUAGUGACUGUGAUGAAGGUAGAAAAAGCCCCACAGGAGACCUAUGCGGAUAUUGGUGGCUUAGAUAACCAGAUUCAAGAAAUCAAGGAGUCUGUGGAGCUCCCUUUGACCCAUCCUGAGUAUUAUGAAGAGAUGGGUAUAAAGCCACCCAAAGGAGUAAUUUUGUAUGGGCCUCCUGGCACAGGUAAAACUCUAUUAGCCAAAGCAGUGGCAAACCAGACCUCUGCCACAUUUCUGAGAGUGGUUGGUUCUGAGCUUAUACAGAAGUACCUGGGGGAUGGUCCCAAGCUUGUCCGAGAGUUGUUUCGAGUAGCGGAGGAGCAUGCCCCUUCGAUCGUCUUCAUCGAUGAAAUUGAUGCCAUUGGUACCAAAAGGUAUGACUCCAAUUCAGGAGGUGAAAGGGAGAUCCAGCGGACGAUGCUGGAGUUGCUGAACCAGUUAGAUGGGUUUGACUCCCGCGGAGAUGUAAAAGUGAUCAUGGCCACUAACAGAAUAGAAACGCUGGACCCAGCCUUAAUCAGGCCAGGGCGUAUUGAUAGAAAAAUCGAAUUUCCUCUUCCUGACGAAAAAACCAAAAAGCGCAUCUUUCAGAUUCACACCAGCAGGAUGACUUUGGCAGAUGACGUUACUCUGGAUGAACUGAUUAUGGCUAAAGAUGAUCUCUCUGGUGCCGAUAUUAAGGCAAUUUGCACAGAAGCUGGCUUGAUGGCUCUGAGAGAACGGAGGAUGAAAGUCACAAAUGAAGACUUCAAAAAAUCGAAAGAAAAUGUUCUCUAUAAGAAACAAGAGGGCACCCCAGAGGGCCUCUACCUUUAAUUCCUUUCUCACUUUUUUUUGGGGGG